AUGGUCAACGAAGAAGCCGAUAGUGAAAUUAUUUAUUUCCAAAAUGUUUGCACCUUUUCCUACACUUAUGCUUUUUGGAAAUUCGAAGAUUGGCGACAGCAUAUCGAUUGGAUCGCGAUGCACGGAAUAAAUUUGGUUCUUGCGCCAUUCCAAGAGGAUAUUUGGACUGAAAUUUAUCGCGAAGUUGGCAUGCUUGAGUACCAGAUUCAAGAUCAUUUAACAGGACCUGCUUUUUUGGCGUGGUUGCGCAUGGGAAACUUACGAAAAUGGCCUUUUGGAUUGGAUGAAAAGUUUAUAAAUUUUUCGGUGCAGUUGCAGCAAGAAGUAAUUCGCGAAUAUCAACGUCUCGGAAUUAAUUUUGCGAUUCCGGCAUUUGCGGGACAUGUUCCUCGGGAUUUUCAACAAAUUUUUCCCAAUACAACUUUUCAACGUGCCAGCGGAUGGAAUGAUUUUCAAGAUGAAUAUUGUUGUCCAUUGUUUGUUGACCCCACAGAUCCCUUAUUUUACGAAAUUGGCAGGAAAUUCUUGUUAAAAGCUAAAAAUAAGUAUGGAACGUCGCACAUUUACUUCGCCGAUCCCUUUAACGAGCAAGUCCCGCACACAAAUGACACGGAAUAUUUGGCAAAUGUAUCGAAAUCCAUCUAUGGCGUCAUGGAAUCUGUCGAUCCUGAAGCUGUUUGGCUCCUCCAAGGUUGGAAAUUUUUUGCCGAUGGCGAAUUUUGGCAAGAUGAACAAGUAAAGGCCUUUUUAACGGCGGUACCAACUGGAAAAAUCCUCGUUUUGGAUUUGCAUUCUGAUAAAUUUCCGCAAUACGAGAGAACAAAGUCGUUUUACGGUCAACCCUUCAUCUGGAAUAUGCUCCAUGAUUUCGGCGGUAAUAUAGGAUUGCGAGGUUCGGCAGCAUUGAUUGCGGAUCGGGCACGAGAAGCUUUUAAUAAUCCAAAAAUGACGAUGGUUGGUCUCGGAAUAACGCCCGAAGGAAUAAAUCAAAAUCAUAUAAUUUAUGAAUUUGCGUUGGAUUUAGCUUGGAUGGGAAAAGAAGCGAUUAAUACUGUGAAUUGGUUCAAAAAUUAUUCGAAAAGACGUUAUAAGACGAAUGAAUUUGAGGAAGCAGCGAAAAUUCUUCAUGAUACAAUUUAUAAUUACAAUGGGACGAAAUGGGUCGAUGGAAGUUCGCCUUAUCUUGUUGUCGAUAAUCCGAGUUUGAAGCAUAAGCCAUGGAGUUGGUUCCAUCCAGAAAACAUAAAAACUGUUCUCGAAAAAAUAAUUUCAAACACAAACAGAUAUCCCGGAGAACUUUUUUACUAUGACGUCACCGAUUUCACGCGUCAAUAUUUGCAAAAUUUGAUCGACUUGGAAUAUCUGCUCAUCAUCGAUGGAUAUCAAAAUGGCGUUCACGAAAAAGUCAAACAUCACACAAAACUUUUCCUAAACAUGAUAUCCGACAUGGACAGAAUUUUAUCGUGUAAUGAGAACUUUUUGCUUGGAACAUGGCUUGAGAAAGCAACCUCAAUUCCCGGAGAUGAAAACGAAUACAAUGCUCGUAAUCAGAUAACUUUGUGGGGUCCAAGAGGAGAAAUUAGUAAUUAUGCGAUGAAACAAUGGGCUGGUUUGGUGCAAGAUUACGUUUAUCCCCGAUGGAAGCUUUUUUGGGAUGAAUUGAAUAAGGCAAUUGACGAAGGAAGAACUUUUGAUGAAACUGCAAUUCGUAAAAGGAUUUUUGAUGAAGUAGAAGAGCCUUUCAGUGACAGCACAAAAUUUUAUUCGCCGGCAAGCAGUUGUAAUGCACUUGAUACUGCAAAAUAUAUCUUCGAAAAAUAUGAGAAUUUCCAAUAUGAUAAGGGGACUUUGGACAAAUAUUUGAUUGAAAAUGUUAAUUAA